GGGAAAAUCAAAAUUAAAAAAAAAUCUCUGGUAAAUAGUUUUGUAUUGAAAUUUCAAAUUUCUAAAUAAAAUUGUCGGAUGUGCUAAAUGUGUUAAUUAUUGAUAGCAAAGUUUGAUAUGCAGAAAAUGUUGUUAUAAAAUAAAUUAGAAAUAUGAAUGAACCCGGCGUGAUAAGAAAAUUGAGUGAAGAUGUUGUAAACAGAAUAGCCGCUGGUGAAAUUGUUCAGCGACCAGCAAAUGCACUAAAGGAAUUAAUUGAAAACAGUGCGGUUACGGUCGUCUUCGCCAGAAAGUUCGCUUAGUUUCUAUGGCUGGGCGCCUGCGAGAUGUCAAUCCUCACUGGGAACUGCCGUCCCAAGCAAAUCAUGAUUCAAGAUAAUGGCACAGGUAUAAGAAAUGAAGACCUUGAGAUAGUCUGCGAGAGGUUCACCACAUCAAAACUGAGGCAGUAUGAUGACCUGAAACAAAUCAGUACAUAUGGAUUCCGUGGUGAAGCCCUUGCCAGUAUCAGUCAUAUUGCACACUUAACUAUUUUAACAAAAACUGGUAUUGCCAAAUGUGCUUAUAAGGCAUCAUACAAAGAUGGAAAGUUAUUGGGACCAAUAAAAGCAUGUGCAGGAAAUAAUGGCACACAAAUAACUGUAGAAGAUCUGUUCUACAAUGUAAUAGCCCGUAAGAAGGCACUGCGCAAUCCCUCAGAAGAGUACUCGCAUAUUAUGGAAGUGGUGGGAGCAUACGCUAUCCACAAUAGUAGCAUAGCAUUUACAUUAAAGAAGUUUGGUGAAAACACAGAUAUAAAGACCCCAACUAAUUCUUCUGUCAUUGAAAAUGUUAGAAUUAUACAUGGAAACCAAAUAGCUCGAGAACUGAUGGAGGUUGAAAUUAAAGACUCAACUUUAAAACUUUUGGUUCAAGGACACAUUACAAAUGUUAAUUAUUCUCAUAAAAAGGGCACUAUGCUUUUGUUUAUCAACCAUAGAUUAGUAGAUUCACAAGCCAUUCGAAAAGCAGUAGACUCAAUUUAUUCAACAUAUUUGCCGAGAAACACCCAUGCUUUUGUGUACUUGAGCAUUGAAUUAGACCCUAGAAAUGUCGACGUUAAUGUACACCCAACAAAACACGAAGUGCAAUUUUUAUAUGAAGAACAAAUUAUAGAGAAAAUAAAGUCAUGUAUAGAAAGCAAAUUGUUGAGUUGCAAUUCUACAAGAAUCAUGUAUACUCAAGCCAGACUACCAGGUGCCUCAGCUGUCGAGGAAAUUGUUAAAAAGACUACAGACGCCGCUAAAGUAUCCGCUAUUAACUUGGUACGGGUCAGUUCAGAUGUUCAGAAAAUCGAUAAAUUUUUUCAAGCAAAACCUGUUGAAACUCUUACAAUACCAGACAUCAAUACUGAUAAAGAUAUUACUAAAGAAACAGCUAAAGUAGAGGAAAUCAAUAAAGGAAUACAAAAAUUGCCUGACAUUUCUGUUGAGUGUGAUGAUGAUGAAAUUAAUUAUUCAAUAGUUGAAGAGCCAGCUGUAGUUACCAAAAUACAAGAUAAAUGGAAGUCACAUACGGCCGUAGAUCAAGCCAAUAUCACUUAUGUUGAUCCAAAGGAAUCUUUCAAAACAAGAACUUUUAAGUAUGAACGCAUAGAAACUAAACUGACGAGCGUCAAACAAUUGAGAUUAGAUAUUGAAAAGAAAUGCAAUACUAAUCUAAGGGAAAUUUUGGCAAAUUUAAUAUUCAUAGCUUGUAUAGAUUGUCAUAAAUCUCUGAUACAACAUUCAACCAAACUAUAUUUAUGUAAUACAACUAAAUUAACAGAAGAAUUAUUUUACGAAACGCUGCUAUACGAUUUCCAAAACUUUGGACUAAUAAAACUAUCGAAUCCAUUGCCAUUGGAAGAUCUUUUGAUGCUAGGACUUAGCGCUCAAGAAGCUGAAUGGAAUGAGGAAUUAGGUGACAUGAAAGAAUUGGCUCAACAAAUGAUGGAAUUACUUUUGAACAAGAGAGCAAUGCUGUUUGAAUAUUUUUCUUUAGAGAUUAAUGCAGAAGGCGAACUUUUGUCGCUGCCUUUACUGUUAAAUGGUCACACGCCAUUCAUGGGAGCAUUACCCACAUAUUUAAUUCGUCUGGUCACAGAAGUCAAUUGGGAGUCCGAAAAAGAAUGCUUCGAUACCUUUAGCCGACAAACCGCCAUAUUUUACUCACAACCCAACCCAGACGAGACUCCGGAAUCUAUGGCAAUGGAGUAUAGAAAACAGGAACAUGUUAUUUUUCCAGCGAUUAGAAGAUACUUCUUGCCACCUAGUAGUUUUGUAAAUAAUGGUGCGAUAUUGCAAAUAGCGAGCCUAAGUGAUUUGUAUAAAGUGUUUGAGAGGUGUUAGGUAAGUGUUAUGUAUUUUUUG